AGCCACACCAACAACACACACACGUCACCAUGGCCUCGCAGUUCUUCACGCGCGCACGCACCAUCGCCGCCAUCGGGCGCAACUACGCGGCGCACGCCAAGGAGCUCGGCAACGCCGUGCCCACCAGCCCCUUCUUCUUCCUCAAGCCGCCCGGCUGCAUGGUGCGCAACGGCGAGGCCGUGCAGGUGCCCCAGGGCGUCGAGGCGCACUUUGAGGUCGAGCUCGGCGUCAUCAUCGGCACGAAGGCCACCAACGUGAGCAAGGCCGACGCCAGCAAGUACAUCGGCGGCUAUGCACUCGCAAUCGACAUGACGGCGCGCAACAUGCAGGACGCCGCCAAGAAGGCCGGCCUGCCGUGGAGCGCUGCCAAGGGCCUUGACACCUUCUGCCCGAUCUCCGACAUGAUUGACGUGAAGGACGUCAAGGACCACAGCAACAUGAAGCUCUGGCUCAAGGUCAACGGCGAGACGAAGCAGUCGGGCAACACGAGCGACAUGACGUUCGACAUUCCCGCGCUGCUCGAGCACGUCACGGGCAUCAUGACGCUCGAGGUCGGCGACGUGCUGCUCACCGGCACGCCGCCGGGCGUCGGCCCCGUGCGCCCCGGCGACCGCAUGACGGCCGGCAUUGCCAACGGCGACGCCAAGGACGGCGAGCACCUGGCCGAGCUCGACGUGCCCGUCGUCGAGCGGCAAGGCGGCUUCACCUUCGCCAGGCUCUGAGGAGAAGGUGCAAAAUGGGUAUUUCCGUGGAGAGCGAAGCAAUACAAAGAGGUCACUG